AUGGAUUAUCUCCGAACUUUGGGGUCUGCGGCUGUAUCAACCCUGGUCCAGAAAUCAGGGCUGAAUCUACCGUUCUCGUUGGGAACAAAACUUACACAGGUGGAGGGAUACUAUACGAUAUAUGAUGCCACGAAGCGGGAUGAUGGGAGUCUCGUCUCUGUCUUUGAAUACGAUUUCAGCGACUCCAAGAAGAGUUCCAAGCCGUUUGCCCAAAAUGCACUUCGCAAGCUCCGUACAACGCGCCAUCCAGAUGUUUUAAAAUUCAUGGAUGCAGUGGAAUCUGACUCCAGCAUCUACAUUAUGACUGAACGCAUCCGCCCGUUGUCCAGCGUUUUGCCGCAAUAUUCGAACAAAAGUGCCCAAGAAAAAGAAGAUUGGCUUUUAUGGGGGCUGCAUCGAAUCUCAGUAGCGCUGACUUUUCUGAAUGACCAAUGUAUAUCAACACAUGGGAAACUGUGCUCCAACUCGAUUUUCCUUACGCCCUCUGGUGAAUGGAAGCUUGGAGGAUUUGAACUACUCAGCAACGCAAAGGAUGAAGGCGCCCUUUUAUACACAAUGGGGGGGUUACUUCCGGGUUCAGCUGCAUGGGCAUCUCCUGAGGUGAAAAAGAGUGGAUGGUCAACUUUAAAGGAGUCUGACCCUGCAUCUGCUGAUGCGUAUGCACUGGGUUUAUUACUUCACGCUGUAUUCAAUCCAAAUCACCCACCCCCUCCAACGGCGGAACCCCCUCACCCACCACCCGCACCUGCUUCUCGAGGAGCCAUACCCGCUUCAGUUUUUCCUUGUUUCAAGAAGCUACUAAAUCCAAAUCCUAAAGGACGCUUAAGCCCUAAAGCAUUCCUUGAAAUUGGAAUGGCAGAAACAGGUUUUUUCUUCAAUAACCGUCUCGUGAAAGUUUGCUCAGGGCUGGACAACUUUGCCUUGGCUAAUGAAGCGGAGAAGACUUUAUUACUGAAAACUCUGAAGGAAUCUGCCUCCUCAUUCCCCCCUGAAUUUGCCGCUUAUCGAGUUCUUCCUUCAUUGCUCUCCGCGUUGGAAUUCGGGGGCGCAUCAGCGGCUGCUAUCCUUCCUUUGGUGCUGCAAUUCGGCGCAAACACAUCGCCUGAAGAGUACCCAAAGGUCAUACUUGCCCCCAUAAUCAAAUUGUACGCAAGUCCUGACCGCGGUACUCGUAUGGCGCUCUUAGAGCACCUGCCAGAAUACAUUGAUAAAUUGGACAAAAAAGCGGUCAGCGACAAAAUAUUCCCGCAUUUGCAACUUGGAUUUUCUGAUACAGUCGCCGUGAUUAGGGAGGCGACAGUCAAGUCCAUCAUUCUUUUUGCACCGAAGCUAUCCGACCGAAUCAUUAAUAACGAUCUACUACGGCUCCUUGCAAAAUCGCAGACAGACCCUGAACCUUCUAUUAGAACGAACACUUGCAUUCUGCUUGGAAGACUAGGUCCAAGUUUAGGAUACAACACCAAGCGAAAAGUCCUGGUACCCGCAUUUUCUAGGGCAUUGAAAGAUCCAUUUGUACAUGCCAGAGUCGCGGGUCUUAUGGCUUUUAUGGCUUCGAUAGAAUGUUUCGAAGUCCCGGAGCUGGCGUCAAAGGUCAUCCCUAACAUGUCAUUCACAUUAGUAGACGAUGAAAAGUUAGUGCGCGACCAAGCCUUCAAAGCAUUGGAAAUCUUCGUUAAAAAGCUCGAAGAUCACGCAUCAAAAAUGCCCGCAACGGCUAUCGUUUCUGGAAGCACUGACGUUCACAACGGAACUAAUCCAACUUCAACAACUUUAGUAAAUUCUGCAGCAGGCGCAGCGGGUUCUCUGGCAGGUUGGGCCAUUAACAGCCUUGGAAAGAAGAUGGCAGUAUCAGAAUUAAUAGCCCCUAUAAGUUCUGUACCGGGGAAGGAAUUAGAGCGAUCAACGUCUGCUCCGGAUGCUUCUUCGCUGAGCAGCCACAUCGGAGAAUUGACACGACCGUCGCUCGCGACGACAACACAAUCUUCUCAGACAUUACCAAAUUCUCCAUCAACAUCGAAAAUAAAAGCUAUGCAACUUGGUGCAAAUAAAGUUCCAGGAGGGCUGAGCAUGGGCACUUUGGCUGAUGACUUAGCCAACGAAGCUGCCGCUGCGUCUGCUUCCGUCGAGGGAAACCCUUGGGGCUCGGAUGAUUUGAUUGACGUUCAUGCAGAUGACGAUGACUGGAGUGCCUUUGAAACUGCCCCUACCCAGCAACAAGUCCAUUCUCCAUCUCCGGCACAGCUAUCUAACAACAACCCAUUUUCGCAAUCAUCAUCGUGGGGAUUGGGAUCGAGUAUUCCUAGUAGUGGGCCGACUGAUUAUUUGGAAAGUAAAAGGACAAACACGUUGCAAAGGGCGGUUUCACCAAUAUCCCGGCCCUACUCCUCUCAGUCAUCUCGUCCAAUAUCUCCCCCUCAUGACCAAUCAUGGGAAGAAUCCGGGAAUUGGGAAUCGACAAAUACACCUUCCUCUCCAAGUCCUCGUAUUGCUGCAACCGCUCCUGUAGCACUCAGCAAAGAAGACAAAGCUUUAGAAAUGGCAAGACGUAAGGAGGAACGCAAGCAACGUAUUGCUAUGCUCAAAGAGCAGAAAAAGUCUGCCGGCAAGACCUAG